UGUAGGAUCGAUCCGCACAUCACUAGUUUGCUCAACAUAUUCCAUAACAAAUGCUGGCGCCAUGAUCAUGCGGACUGAUCCGAGAGGGAGGAGGACGGUAGUCACGUGGCAUUUUCAAAACACAUCUUUCAUCCUUCCGCCCUGAGAAGCAAAACUUCCAGCUUACUUAGUUUUUCUAAGUUAAGACAACUCAAAUAAAUUGAGUUUAUCAGCAUUUUGCAUAUAAAGUACUGGUAACUUAUUUAAAUCGAGUUCUAAUAACAAAUUGAUAAAAAAUGAGUUCAGCCUAUUUAAUAUUUUGAAUUAAACACAAUAUUACAUUUUACAGUGUGCUUUGUGAUAACAUUUAUUUAAAAAUUGUUUUCAUAGCUUGUUUUUAGUUAAAUAAAAUAUAGCUAAUGGCAAGUUUUCAGAAAUACAGAGGUCAUGUGUAAAAUUCUUCAACACACCCCACUGAAUGCAUAUUUAUUAAUUCAUCUGAAAUAUGUGUUAACUUGUUUAUUGAAAAAUUUAAAUGCAUUGUUAGGUUGUUAAAUUUCACAAACUUACAGAAACAAACUCAAGAAAAGGAUCCUUAGUGUCAUCCAUGACCCUGUUUAAGUCCUCAGAAAGCGAAUCCAUAGAUCUCCAGAGUGUUUCUGUGUGUCUAUUUUAGCAGUUAUUUUCUAUUCAGCUCAGUCCCAGUAAGAAGCCUUUUGUCAGAGAGCUCUAAAAACACACCAUACGUGAUUUUCUCUGUAAUAAAAAGCAGACAGUUGGCUAUUAGCUAGUUAAGAGUGUGUAAUAUAUUGGAGCUUAAGACACCAGAGCUGAAAUGCAAACAAACAUUGGACUUAGAUUUAUCAUUCUGCCAAAACAGACCACGAAUGAACACUGUGAAUUUUGCUGGCAUAUGCAGGAUGCUGUUUUCUAAAGCGAUUAUGUCAGAUGGUGUAAAACAAAAUUAAUUAAAGCGUUCAUACGUCCAAUCUAAGAGCAGUCGUUAGCGCAGUUAUUCACACACGUUACAAGCGCAGAACAAAAAGCAAACAAACAGUGAAUGAGUACAGAUGCCACUGCGCAGAUGUCAGAGACCCAGCAGCUUGUGUCCCCUCCAGAUUUGCAUCUUUCACUUGAACCGCUCAACUGUUCAAAGAGACAAAUGAUGAAAAUGAGCGGGAAGGCACGAGGGCAUUGAAGCGUCAAGGGAUGACGAUGAUGAUGGCACUAACAGAUAGAAGUAUUGUUUGACACCUGUUCUGAAUUUUACAUUUGAAACUUUCCAGCAACCUUCCAUCUCUUAUCUCUAGUUUGAUGUAAAAAUCAUGUUAGCAAAGAAUAUUUUAUAGUUUGCUUUUCUUGGUUUUGAGUCCUUUCGCACCUUAAUCAUAAAAUAAUGUAGAAAGCUUUUCUCUUAGCCAUAAACUUACUGGUAUUUUGGUAAAACAAGAACCCAGUCUUAUUUAAAUAUGACAAGAAAGUUGCUUGUUUCAUAUUUCCUACCUCAGUUUUGCACGCUUCUCCUCACCUCCUCACCAGAUCCAAUCUCAUACCUGCUCCGGCUAAUAAACUGCCGCUUAUGUAAAUGCCACAUGUAUGAUAAUUCUAGCUUCUCAAUAAUAAAUGGGAAAACCUCAUGAAUGAGCCAAAUUAGUGCUGACCAUCACAUCAGCCCCCCCAAAACUCCAUCAUUCUCUCUGUGACCUUUCUCUCCUGGCAACCUGAGGAAGUGGAUGAUCUCCAGUUUGACAAAAAAAGGGGUAGAAAUGGGAGUUAAUAGGCAGCUCCUCUGCAAACACUGGGAGUCUUUAUGAAUAGGAGGCAAUCACACAGAUCAAAUAUACAGCAAGGGGAAAUGGGUCUGGAAUUCAGGAGGCAAAAAAAAAAAAAAAAGAAAAGAAAAGAAAAGAAAAGGAGGGGAAAUACAAAUUGAAGAUGCUGGUAAAUAUAAUAAUGUGUGCCUCAUGUAAUUGUCUGUUUAAAUGCAGAUACUGAAGAGGAGUGUUGACUGAUGUAGACAGAGGAGACACAAGGAGGAGUGCCUGGAUGGGGACUGGUCUACAGUUACAAGACUUCUAGCACAGAGCUGGAGAUUUUGUUGUCAUUGCUGAUUCUUUUUUGUUUGUUUGCUUGUUUGUUUGUUUGUUUGCAGACUUCAUGACGAUCCAUGUCUGAGCAGCACCAUUGUGCUGGCAAUGUGACUGAUUGAUCAGUAGAUGAACAGUAAAGAUUAAGAGGAUGACAAAUAAGCAUGCUGCUUACACAGCGCUUGGGGCUAAUCCUACCCCCUCCACCACCCCCCGGGUUCCCUUUUGAGGACCUGCUGCUGAGGAGAGCCCACAGACAGUGACAGACAUCGGAGGGAACACACACCCGCACACAACCUGUUCACGUGCAACAAGUGUCAGCUGGAGCUCAUGACAGGACCCCAGCUCAUCUGAACAACCACAGCAGAGGUUGCAACACACAGCACGGGCUCACCCUGCCAUCUGUCCACCGGGGACCACCGGAGGCCCUGCGGCCCUACGUAUUUUUAUUUGAAGCAACUGAGCAGAAGAGGACCAAAACUUUUUCUUAUCUGCCUUCGUCAAUCACUAGAGGAGAUAUUUUGAGAGAAAAAUAAUGGAGGAUCACCUUACAAAGAUACCCAUGAUGCCAUCCUCUUCCCCCACAGAGUCAUCUGGCAGCGGUGGGACUGAUGACAGCAGGGGAGCCAAGAGUCCUGCACCGGGCAAAGCUCUGAGCCCAGCUCUGGUCUGCAAAGUGUGUGGAGACACCAGCAGCGGGAAACACUACGGCAUCUACGCCUGCAACGGCUGCAGCGGCUUCUUCAAGCGCAGUGUGAGGAGGAGACUCAUUUACAGGUGCCAGGCCGGUACAGGCAUGUGUCCAGUGGACAAGGCUCAUCGUAACCAGUGCCAGGCAUGUCGGCUGAAAAAGUGCCUGCAGGCGGGCAUGAAUAAGGACGCGGUUCAGAACGAGCGGCAGCCCCGCAGCACAGCUCAGGUCCGCCUGGACUCCAUCGAUGUGGACCCGGAGAAGGAGCACCUGGCCACCACACGGGAACCCACCUCCUCUUCCUCCUCCUCCUCUUCCUCAUCUUCUUCAUCAUCCUCCAAUGGGUCUGUCAUCACGUGGCCCCACAUCACCUCCUCCAUGUCCAUCACUUCCUCUGUUGCAACCCAGCGCUGCAUCAGUCCCCAGAACAACCACCGCUUUAUGGCAAGCCUCAUGACAGCUGAGACCUGUGCCAAGUUGGAGCCUGAGGAUGUUGAUGAAAACAUAGAUGUGACCAGCAAUGAACCAGAGCGGGCGUCUUCAGAGUACCACAUGGCUUUGUACCCGUCUGGUUCUGAAAAUGUAUACGAGACCUCAGCAAGGCUUCUCUUCAUGUCCGUGAAAUGGGCCAAGAACCUGCCCGUUUUCUCCAACCUGCCCUUCAGAGACCAGGUCAUCCUGUUGGAGGAAGCAUGGAGUGAACUCUUCCUCCUCUGCGCCAUCCAGUGGUCUUUGCCACUAGACAGCUGCCCACUGCUGUCUUUGCCAGACCUCUGCCCUGGCAUGCAGGGAAAAACCAGCUACACUAGCCUGGACCUGCGCCUCCUACAGGAGGUCUUCAGCCGCUUCAAGGCCCUCGCUGUUGAUCCUACCGAGUUCGCCUGCCUGAAGGCCAUUGUGCUCUUCAAGCCAGAGACUCGAGGUUUGAAAGAUCCAGAACAAGUGGAGAACCUGCAGGAUCAGUCGCAAGUCAUGCUGGGACAACACAUACGGUCACACUACCCUAGCCAACCAGCCAGGUUCGGAAAGCUGCUUCUUCUCCUUCCCUCUCUGCGCUUUGUGAAUUCUGAGCGGAUAGAGCUGCUGUUCUUCCACAGAACCAUUGGAAACACUCCCAUGGAGAAAUUGCUGUGUGACAUGUUCAAAAACUAAAAGAAUCACAGAGAAACCCAUGCAGUCAUCAGUAAUGUCCUGUUUUGGAUGGGAUGAUGACUGACAGAUAUUUGUUUUGUAUAUAUACAAGAGAUUCUGCAUGCUGUUGUUUGUUGUCUUCUUUUGUCACCUCCACAUCAGUUAAUUUGACAAAGAAGAAAAUGCAGUUCAGUUUUUGUCAUAAUGCGUUUUCUUUGUAUUAUAUCAAGAGUCUCUGAUUUGAAGUUAUGGUCAUACUAGUUUUGUUGUUGUUGUUUGUUUCAAUAAAAAUACUUUGUUUGGUAAUAGUGUAAUUUGUUUGGUAACGUGUGUGUGGCCCUGCUGAUGUUAAUGUGACUGUUGUAUUUAUGUUGUUACGCCUUGAAAAAGUAAAAACAAAGAAGAAAAAAUCUAAAA